UCUAGAUAGAAACUAGGUCAUUGAAAGUGUUUACUAACUUAUUUAUUCAUAUUGUUGUGUGUGCCCCUGCACAACUUUCUAGUCCUAUAGAUCUAGAUUUAAUUCCUAGAUCACUUUCUUGGUCAAAGCCUUGAAACUAAGGGAAAUAAUUCUAACAACAUUUAUUUAUAGAAUGAAGUCUAUCUGAACCGUGAUGUCAAGAAAAAAAAGUAGGUCAGUUCAGGUACUCUUUUUGUCAAUAUGUCACAGGUAAUCUAGGGAUGGGACUCCAGGAUUUAUUUUCCAAAACGGCAAUUUAUACUUGGCCACAGAACCUUCAAUUACUGGUUUCGUUUUUUUUGCUUGUAUCAUCUCCAUUGACUGUGAGAUGUUUGGAGCAGUUCUAUGGUACAUGUGGCUCCACCUAUGACUUGAUGCAGACGAACACACAGUCUGCUAUACUAAAGGUGGACAUGCCAUCUGACAUGAAGAUGUAUCAGGACCCAACAAGAGAUAUCAAGUGUGAUAUUAUUUUGACCUUCACCCCUGGCAUGAACCUUCUGAUUGAUCUUUACCUUGUGGAUAUCAUCCCACUAUCCAAUGACUCAAUGCUCAACUGGACUGGAGAUAUUUGAUCAAACAGGAAGAAAAUAUUUUGGUAGCCGUAUAUGUAUGGAGGCCUGGGAAUGGGAAGAGAAACAUCAACAGGCAGCAUAUAAACCAUUGGUUGUUGAAAGCUUACCUCUCACUUUCCGUUUAGUUAGUGACGGACCCUACGAGGGUCAAGGUUUCAGGGUGCAUUUAAAUCAGUUUAGACCUUACUGGCCUUGCUAUACAAGAGAGUUCAGGUGUGAGCAGGUACAGCGAUGUGUACAUGAUGAUCUGACCUGUGAUGGCUGGGAUGACUUCUCAGAUGAGAGGGUGAAUGCCGGCUGUCACCUUUUGACUCCAUCAGAAAUAGUUAAUUUUUAAAAAUAUAAUAAACUAACAAUUAAAUUUGACCUGGAGUUAGGGCUAGUUCAUACAUUCUAUAUCUUGAACACACAUGUGUCAGCUGGUAUUCCUGCAUGUAUUCUUGAUUAAAGAAUUAAAUAAAUAAAUAAAUAGAACUGUUUUCUAAGUCUGGGUCUAUAGGCCCAUCAUUAGAAUUUUAUUUAGAAUAACCAGGAUUUUCUAGAGGGAAGGGACAUCAGGCUUUUAUUUUAAAAAAAAUAAAAAAAUCUAUCAUUCAUAAGUUAUUGAGAGCAAGCAAAUCCCCUAUAUGAAUAUUGGUAUAAAGGAGAAUUCU